UCUUCAAUCCACUUUCUCUCUCUGUUCCUUCCAACCUCACUCACUGUCACCAUGAAGAGCAUCACUGUUUGUGCCAUCCUUGCUCUGGCAGCUUCUGCCUGGGCUGCUUCUCCUCCUGCACCGGGGUCAUGGGUGGAUUGCUCUAUGUACAGUGGGAAAGGUUCCGGGGUAGCAUGCACCAGAAUAUACAAACCAGUAUGUGCUUCAGAUGGGAAUACUUACAGUAAUGAAUGCAUGCUUUGUAUGAAAAACCAACAAUUGAAAAACAUUGUUCUCAGAAAGAUGAAUGAUGGUGAAUGUGCUACUGCUCAAUCUGCUGUAAAACAACCUACUGCACAACAGAAUGAACUUGGUUGCUCUGGGUAUUCUGCAGCUUGUACCAUGGAGUAUAAGCCUCUCUGUGGAUCUGAUGGAAAUGUAUAUUCCAACAGAUGUAUGUUUUGCAAUGCUGUUUGGAGGAGCCGUGGUGCACUGACUCUCAGAAACCAGGGAGAGUGUGUGUCUUCCCAGUGAAUACGGCAACAGCUUCCUGCCUCCAGCAGUCGCCACACAGAGACUAAUUUCUCUCGAAAGGCUGGGGGUCAGGGGGGACAUACGGAUUUGAUUCUUCAAUAAACGUUUAU